GCCCGAGUCGGGGGGCAGCAGCGGGAGCAGCGGCGGCCUGGCGGGAUCAUCUACUUUCAAAAAAUCACUCACCCCUGAGAUGCCAGGUUCUUCUGGGCAGCCAGGCUCACAGACGAUAAAGAAAGGGCACAGAGGAGUGGACUCCACGGGCGAGACUACCUAUAAAAAGACAACAUCAUCUGCCUUGAAAGGUGCCAUUCAGCUGGGCAUUACACACACAGUUGGAAGCUUGAGCACCAAACCCGAAAGAGAUGUUCUCAUGCAAGAUUUCUACGUAGUAGAAAGUAUUUUCUUCCCCAGUGAAGGGAGUAACCUCACCCCAGCUCAUCACUACAAUGACUUUCGGUUCAAAACCUAUGCUCCAGUGGCCUUUCGCUAUUUCCGGGAGCUGUUUGGGAUCCGACCAGAUGACUAUCUGUACUCGCUCUGCAGUGAGCCACUCAUUGAACUAUCAAACUCCGGGGCCAGCGGAUCCCUCUUCUACGUAUCCAGCGAUGACGAGUUUAUUAUCAAAACAGUUCAGCACAAAGAGGCUGAGUUUUUACAGAAGCUGCUGCCUGGCUACUACAUGAAUUUGAACCAGAACCCAAGGACGCUGCUGCCAAAGUUUUACGGCUUGUACUGUGUCCAGGCCGGAGGCAAAAACAUUCGCAUUGUCGUGAUGAACAACCUACUGCCGCGCUCUGUCAAAAUGCACCUGAAAUACGACCUGAAGGGCUCCACCUACAAACGCCGAGCAUCUCAGAAGGAGCGGGAGAAGGUCUUCCCAACAUACAAGGACUUGGAUUUUAUGCAGGACAUCCCUGAUGGUCUCUUCUUAGACUCUGACAUGUAUAAUGCUCUGUGCAAAACGUUACAGAGAGACUGUCUGGUCCUACAGAGCUUUAAAAUCAUGGACUACAGUUUGCUUGUUGCAAUCCAUAACAUCGAUCUGGCACAGAGAGAGCACGCCAUGGCAGAUGGGACAUCCCAGACCGAUACGCGGCGACCCGCUGCCCAGAAGGCCCUCUACUCGACGGCCAUGGAGUCCAUCCAAGGAGAGGCCCGGCGAGGUGGCACCAUAGAAACAGAUGACCAGAUGGGAGGCAUUCCAGCCCGCAACGCGAAGGGGGAGAGGCUGCUGCUGUACAUCGGCAUCAUUGAUGUGUUGCAGUCCUACAGAUUUGUCAAGAAGCUGGAGCACUCUUGGAAGGCCCUCGUACACGAUGGGGACACUGUAUCUGUGCACAGACCCAGCUUCUACGCCGAAAGGUUCCAACGGUUCAUGUGCAACACAGCGUUCAAGAAAAUACCAUUAAAGCCAUCCCCUUCUAAGAAGAGCCGGUCUGGCACAACAGUUCCUCGGCGGAGCUGUCAAGGAGGAGUGCCUUCCCAGUCACACAUGUCGUGCGAGACAAAAGCACAAGUAACGACAGAGGCGGAUGUAGAACAAGGUUCCCACCUUGGUCGCCCAGAUCUCCUGCCCAGGACCCUGCCGGUAGACGAAGCUAACAGCGAUUCCAUCGCAACAACCCUGUCCACUUCUUCCUUGGGCAGCGGAGGCCUCAACUCGCCCGCAAAUAGGUCAGUGGGCGUACAAGUGCAUAAAGCUGACAGCUCAGCAAAGGAUUUGGCUAGAGCAGCUCCCGGCAUCUUCCUGUCUAGCGGCUCCCCAGGGCCUUCCAUACCCGAGCGCUCCGCAGAGCUGAGAGAGCAGCUCGAAGACCUGCAAGAGACGGAGAUAAGCUUUUGAAGCAACACCGAAACCACCGCGAUGGAAGCAGAUUGUUCUGUGCUCUGCGUGGUCUGUGGAGUCUGACAAACGUUCAGCCCCUGUUGCUGAUUUUUUUUUUUUUUUUUAAAGUAAUCUUACCUGGACAGAAACCUAAAAGCUGGAAGGCUGGGCGACACUUAGUGGGAUAGUAUUAACAAAGACCGAGCCAGCACAGCUGAGCCUCGGACACCUGGAAGCCUCCUUACAGCAGAGCCCACCACUGUGUCCCUGCUGUCCUCCUUUCUUGGACGCCUGGCGGGAGCAAAGCUGGCUGUUAGGAGGAGGAGGAGGAACUGCUCCGCGUGGGCUGAAGCUCUCUGGAAAAGGGAUCUGACUUUCAGGGAGUUAGCUGCUUACGAUGCCGGCACCACAGACCUUGCGAGAACAA